AUGGCUUCCACCUUCGAGCCUCAACCUCUAGGAGCGCCGCUCAACGACGAUGCUCUUGGCCAUCUCAGAGAUCUAGUCCCUCAGCCACAGCUGCGUACCGCCCUUGAGCGCGACCGCCACGUGCCGACCAAGCGAUGCCUUCAAUCCAGGGAUCUGCUAAGAAAGGCUGCCGAAACCUUAGCCGACAUUACCGGUGACCUGAAUCAAGGAGCCAACAAGUCCAAGACUCGGCACUUGAGACUGAAAGCGCGCCGACAGAAGGAGAGGGCGGAGGCGCACGCCGAAGACGAUGGUGAGGCGGCUGGGGCUGACGCUGAGACGGAUGCCCGAUAUGAGGAAUUCCAACGAAAGACCGAAGAGCUGACCAAGAAGAUGGACAUGAGUAUCCGUGGCAUCAUCGACGACCUGAAUUGGCUUGCCGAGUAUCCUGACAUCCUCAAGGCCGUAACUGAGAAGGCCCAAGACUCCGCCGAGGAGCAGCGAAGGAAUUUUGAUGGAAGAGACACGACUUCAUCAAGGCGGAAGAGGAGACAGCAACGGACCUCAGAAGAAGGAGGCGAGGAUGACGCAACGGUGGACGGCGACGAGGAAGAGGAAGAGGAGGAGCCUGUCGGUCGCUCUCGUCGCGCGCAAGAACCACCCACCCUCGACCCAUCUGAGACACCACAUGUCCAACUCUCGAUCGCGCUCGAGGAUCAAGGCCGGCGGUGGACCUCGCAGAGCCUGACAGAUCGAUACGCCCGUGACAACUACUAUAAAGGUUGGAAAGGUUCCCUCUGGGAUGGACAAAACCCGGGUGACAACCCGCCACCUAUGCCCCAUGAGACGUUCUGGUUCGCGGUCGAAGAAGGCCGCUCAGCCACAGUUUCCUUUUCAUCCACAUCGCAAGGUCGCCAGCGCGGCGCACACUCCGCCACAGAAUCAGGCGAGGAAGAAGAAGACGAGCUCGAAAUCUCGGCCGAAAACACCCGGAUACGGUGUCCUCUCACCCUCCUGCCCUACAAAGAACCAAUGACAUCGCGAACCUGCAACCACAGCUACGAGAAGACGGCUAUACUAGAACUGCUUGCCAACUGCCGUACACAACCCAAGAAAGUCAAAUGUCCCGACACGGGGUGUAACGCGGAUAUCAAUGGCGAGGAAGACCUCUACGAGAAUCAGCUGCUCAAGCGACGGGUUGCACGGAUCUUGGCGCGGCAGAUGCAGAGGAAUGCUCCGGCGACGAGCGAUAUCGACGAUGACGACGAUGACGAUGAAGUGGUCAAAGGAACACAGCGAAAACCGGUAGGGUUAGGGUCAAGUCCUGUGACGCCAGCCAGCGGACGGAGGAACGUUAAGAACGAGAAAGCCCCGGCCUCACGUGCUGGAGGACGAGAGAGCGUAAUUCCAGAUUCGCAAUUCGAUGGCAUGGCGGACAUUCCACAGCACGAGUCGCCGAGGCGUCAGGCCCCCGCGUCGAGGCCGCCUCGCAGCACGCAGGUUCUGGACCUGGAGGAUGAUGACUGA